UGCAGUCAUUUGUUCUGCCGAUGCCGGUUCCCAGCAGGCGUAUCAACACUGGCCGUUCGCAGAGCUGGGAUGCUGCUGGCUGGUACGACGACCCUUGGGAGAAUGCUGAGGCUCCGCCAUCCCUGGGGAGGAGAAGCUCUCUGACGUAUGGCUCGGGUGAGGGGACCUGGUGCGAGCUGCCUAACCACCGAACCCAGGCCACCGCCCUGCCCGGGGCCCCUGAGCCCUACCUGUACCAGGAGGCUUUUUAUAAUUCGCUGGCUGCCAGGAAGGGCUCUGCUCCUGAAUUCACUUUCUACAACAGCAGACAGGCUGUGAUGUCUGGCCAUAGUGCCCUCCUGCCACAGAAUUACUACAGUGACCCGUCCAGAGGCACAAGGGUACCCAAGGAGCCUCCCUACUAUCAGGACCCAGGAGUCAGCGAGCCAGUGCCCAGCUACAGAAUGCUUGGUAGCAGAGCGCCAUGGGAGCACAUGCAAGGCCAGAUACCAGCGCUGCAGGACACCAGCCACCUGUACCAGGAUCCUGGGGGUAAAAUGAUCCCUUCGGGACAGCAGGUGAAGGGCAGGGCACCAUCUCCCGGGUGUUACAGGAGGGAACUGCCUGAUGCCAGGUUCGGCGCAGAAACACCUGCCUACCCAUCCAGUCAGGUGUACAAUGACGUUGGCGAGAGACCUGUGGAUUCUAACCCUGCCAGACAGGUGGCCCCAACAUGCCUGGUUGUGGAUCCUGGCGUAGCUGCUCCCCCCGAGAGCAGCACUGGAGUGGCCCCAGGGUCCCUGAAUCGAAGCUACGGGCCUCUACGGGAAAAUGUCCACCCUAAGAUGGCUUUCGAGAAUUUUGAGGCUAACCUGCCUGCAUUCCAGGGACCUGGUGGCAAGAGGAAUGUGCCCCCCGAGUUCCUGGCGCUGCUGCGGGCAGAGGGUGUUGCAGAGGCCACUCUGGCGGCCCUUGUACAGCAAGGCUUUGACUCCCCAGCUGCCCUGGCCACUCUGGAGGAUGCAGACAUCAAGUCUGUUGCAACCAACCUUGGCCAAGCCCGUGUCCUGAGCCGCCUGGCCAGCAGCUGCAGGACAGAGAUGCAGCUUCGGAGGCAGAAUCGGGCAGGCCCCCUGCCCCGCACACGGUCCAGCAGUUUCAGCCAUCGGAGUGAGCUGCUGCGCGGUGACUUGGCUUCUCUGGGUGCCACAGCCCUGCAGUCUCAGCCUGCGAGGCCCCUGCAGACGGCCUCCCCUCAGUCAGGAGAUGUGGCCCGGCGCCCUUCCAGUGCACCCUCCCAGCACCUCCUGGAGAGAGCCAUCUAUUCUGCCCCGGGGGUGGGCCCUCAAGCCCCCCACCUCCCUUCCAACUCUGGGUAUAGCUCUCCCACCACUUGUUCUCUCACAGCACGCCUGGGCCCCUCUUAUACUCAGCAAGCUGGGGUGGCCUUGACGAACCCAGGCACCUCAGCCCCCCUUCACCAAGGCCCCAGAACAGCCUACUCCACCUCGUAUACAGUGCCCAUGGAGCUGCUGAAGCGGGAGCGCAGUGUGGUUGCUUCUCCACUGCCCAGCUCCCAUGACAGCCCCCAGCUGCUGCAGAAGCCUGGAGUCCCUGUGGAGCCAUCAGCUCUGCCACCGGUCAGCCAAAGCCUCCACACACCACACUCACCAUACCAGAAGGUGGCCCGGCGGACAGGGGCACCCAUCAUCGUGUCCACCAUGCUUGCACCGGAGCCAAGUAUCCGACCCCAGAUCAUGAACGGCCCCCUGCACCCCCGCCCCCUGGUGGCGCUGUUGGAUGGCAGAGACUGCACUGUGGAGAUGCCCAUCCUGAAGGACCUGGCCACUGUGGCCUUCUGUGACGCACAGUCCACACAGGAGAUCCACGAAAAGGUGUUAAACGAGGCCGUGGGUGCCAUGAUGUACCACACCAUCACCCUCACCAGGGAGGACCUGGAGAAGUUCAAGGCCCUGAGAGUGAUCGUGCGGAUCGGCAGCGGUUAUGACAAUGUGGACAUAAAGGCUGCUGGCGAGCUUGGGAUCGCUGUGUGCAACAUCCCAUCCGCAGCCGUGGAAGAGACAGCCGAUUCCACCAUCUGCCACAUUCUCAAUCUGUACCGACGGAACACAUGGCUGUACCAGGCCCUGCGGGAAGGGACGAGGGUACAGAGUGUGGAACAGAUUCGAGAGGUGGCCUCAGGAGCAGCCCGGAUCCGCGGGGAGACACUGGGCCUCAUCGGCUUUGGUCGCACAGGGCAGGCGGUUGCUGUUCGAGCCAAGGCCUUUGGAUUCAGCGUCAUAUUUUAUGACCCCUACUUGCAGGAUGGCAUAGAGCGAUCCCUGGGCGUGCAGAGGGUCUACACCCUACAGGAUUUGCUGUAUCAGAGCGACUGUGUCUCCUUGCACUGCAAUCUCAAUGAACAUAACCACCACCUCAUCAAUGACUUUACUAUAAAGCAGAUGAGGCAAGGGGCAUUCCUAGUGAAUGCAGCCCGCGGUGGCUUGGUGGACGAGAAAGCCUUGGCCCAGGCCCUCAAAGAAGGCAGGAUACGAGGGGCAGCGCUUGAUGUGCAUGAAUCUGAACCCUUUAGCUUUGCUCAGGGUCCAUUGAAAGACGCACCAAAUCUCAUCUGUACUCCCCACACAGCCUGGUACAGUGAACAAGCAUCCCUGGAGAUGAGGGAGGCAGCUGCCACUGAGAUCCGCCGAGCAAUCACAGGUCGCAUCCCAGAAAGCUUAAGAAACUGUGUCAACAAGGAAUUCUUCGUCACAUCAGCUCCUUGGUCAGUAAUAGACCAGCAAGCAAUUCAUCCUGAGCUCAAUGGUGCCACAUACAGGUAUCCACCAGGCAUUGUAGGUGUGGCUCCAGGAGGACUUCCUGCAGCCAUGGAAGGGAUUAUCCCUGGAGGCAUCCCGGUGACUCACAACCUCCCCACCGUGGCACAUCCUUCCCAAGCUCCCUCUCCCAACCAACCCACAAAACAUGGGGACAAUCGAGAGCACCCCAACGAGCAAUAGCAGAGAAAGGUAAUCAUUUGGAUAAACUUGGGACCAAGAGACAGUGAAAAAUGGAUAAACUAAGAGAAAAGUCUUUUGACAGUCUUUUUAACUGAUCCUGGACAUACACAUCCUUGAUGUUGCAGUGUUAAACCUACAAGAGCUAGAAAACUGAAGAUGUCUGCUAUGGAAGCUGAAAGACUAGGACGUGACUUAUUAACGACCAACUUCUGUUAUUGUGUGUUAAGUUUUUCAUCUGUGCAUCAAAUCACAAAGAAUAAAUAGAGCUUUUUCCUUUAUCAGUCCCUUGGACACAGCAGGUCCUGAGCACCUUGCUCUAGAAUGUUGCAUCAAGAGUUCCAAACAUCAAAAUUAAAAAAUGUUAAGAGGAAGUCCCCAUCUUAUGACUUUAGUCCCUUUGGUCUAUGGGGGCUUGUUACCUCUUUUUAUUAAUAGAAGAUUAAAUUACUACAAAAUGGGGAGAAAACUGCCUGUUAGACAUCUGCACGAAUAGGAUUGAAGAGCACGGGCUCCUGUACAGAGAGGUGUGUCUCACAUCUGAACUGCAUACUGAGCAGCGCGCAAGUUGGUUGUUAGUUCAGUAAUACCCUCUGAUGAUGCAAAAAAAAAAAGAAAAAAUAUUAAGUUUCACAAGCUGUUUGUACUCAAAUAUAUUUUCUCAGUUUCAGAUCCUCAGCUAUUUUAUUGAGUGGAAAGUCUUGAACUGUAAGGUUCAAGAAGAAUAAUGUUGCAUUUCCUUAUGUCUCAGGAAACACUUUUUAUGGUAACUUGUCAGAUUGUCUAUGAACAAACCCACUUUUUUAGACAUUGAUAAAUUCUUUUCUUCACGUGAUAUUUUAUACAAGAACACUUCAGAUGUGUUAUUAGAUGUGACUGAUUUUAACAAAUCCUAUUAGAUUUGUAUCAACUAGUUACAUGUUCUAUUCAUAGUCUUUUGUGAAUCAUUGCCUUUUUGUUUAAAAAGAUGGCCUAUUUUGAGCCUUUGUAUAGGUACAUUCCUGUUUUUGUGACAAGAGAAAAACUUUAAACUGUCCCAAACAGAAAAUAAUGGCUAUCAGAAGUAUGUUUUGUUUUAGUGUGAGUUACCGUUACUGUAUUUGUUUAUUGUAAAGGUGGACAUUUAGCGUUCAGUGCAGUUUUCAAUAAAAAGUAAUUAAAAUUUGUUAAGUUCUGAAAUUCAAGUACAUCUCACCAAUGUAAAAGUUCUCUGCUUGAGAUGUUUAAACACAACUGCAUUGUCAAGUAGUCAGCCAAUUUCAUCCAUCUCUCAUUCCUCCAAGGUUGUGACUUCCCAUUAGCAGACUCAAGAAUGCUAAUAAUUACCUCAUGUGUUAACAGCGAUGAAUUGCAAUACAGCAACCUCAUACAAGUAGUCCAUCGUUCUCGAUUCAUGUCAUCCUUAAGAUGAAGUCAUGUGUGACAAGGUCAAUUCCAGAAACAAAGCCCAUCUACUUUCAGAAUUUUGAUUUUAAUUGACCCAAAACCAAAUUAUCUGGCUGAAGCAUUAGAAAGGGAAGUAACAUUAACUGUUUUUACAGACUGAGAAGUUUAAGUUCACUUAAUAGAUCUUUUAAAAUAGCAUUGAACUCUAUAUUAGUAUUAAUUCCCACAAUUUCAAGAGUCAAACUCCCUCUAAGCUUUUGCUUAUUCUUCCCCUCCUAUUUACAAACAAAACUAGUAUGUUAAAGCAUUAGCCUGCCUGGCCUUCUGUCUCCUCAUUUUCAGGUAGUAGAAAAAUGAAAACUCACAUUGGCCUAUCACCUCAGUAUGCAGACCGUUUAUCUUCAUAAUCACUUAUCUACACAAUGAAAUUUGCAUAAAAAGUUCUGUAUGACAUUGUUCUACCAUAACCAUUUUUCAAACCUAAGAUUGGAUAAGCCUAAAAGUCAAAAAUAGAAACGGUAAGUCCAAAUCCAUGGUGUGUCUGGGUUUUAAUUAGUUCUCAAUUGCUCAAACAGUCCUUUGGAAACAAUUAUAUAUAAAUUGACUUCAAAUGAGAACAGAAACCACCACACUGGUUUCAUCCUAGGGGAAAAAAAACAAAAUUCAGUUCACACAAUUCAUGUGUUACUGUCCUAAAGACAUUCACAUCUGUCACCUACCUGCAUAUACCUUUUAUAAAGGAAUUUUUUCUCUUUCUUGCGACAAUAAUUAUGGCUGUUUAAUAGUUCAAGAGCUUAAAGAGAGCACUAGUUUACCAAAAGUUUUGGCCUUUAAUAGCUAGCCAGUCUGUUAUGAAAACUACUUAAAGUUCCAUUCCUGUCUGGAGGCAAGGAAAUGGAACCAUCUUAACUCUUUCCCACAGGGAAGAAUGCUGUAUCCAUCAACAGUACGUGGUCAGAAUCACUGAUCAUAAAUUAGAGGGAACUUGGGGAAAGGACACUCACUGGACAUAACACAGGAUGAUGCUGAGUACUGAGCCAGUGAUUCUCCAGAUAGUGUUUUAGUACAAUGUAGACCCCAGACAUCAGGUGCUUCUCUCUCCAGCAUUUCUCUUUGGCUUCACUUGGGAGGGCAGAUUUUGCUCAACAACUGGAACAGGAUCGCUGCCCCCAAAGAACUAUCCCUGUGCAUGGAGAACAGUUACUGCAGAUGCUGUUAAGUAGUCAGAAUGGUGGCCUUACAAAAACUUCAUUAAUGACCAAAUUAAAAGCAAACCAGUUUCAAUUUGUAAGAAAACUACUUAGAACAGUAGCAUUUACCAACACUGUAAUAUAAUGACUCAUGUAUAUGGAAUCAUACUGUAAAAAUAACUUUUCUGCAAGUUUUAGCACGCAGCAAAAAUGAUCCUUCCAUCCUGGAAAUGCUUUUUACUAAGUGUUCAGAAAAGAAGACCUUGAAGACAUACAUGACAGCUCAGAUAUUUUUCUAUUUUUAGUAUCUCAACGUUGAAUUUGAGAUUACAUACUUUUCAAUGCCAUCUAAACAGAAAACAAAUACUUAAAAGGUUUUCAUAGCCUUUCAUCAAACGGAAGAAAGUGUGUAUGUUUGUGUGCGUGUUUGCUUUUUUGCAAAUUCCUUGCCACAUCAAUAGGAUAUAAAAGUGCUUAUCAGGACACCGAAUCGUGUGUUCCUGAGAUAGGCCAGAAAUUUAUCUAGUAUUUAGUGUAUACCUGAAGUAGUCAAAUAAGAACUCUUCAUAAAAAGUUUUUCUACCUAAGAUUAUAGUUUUAACGUUAAAUAAGAAUGGCCACAAUUACCAACAUGCAAAAAAAAAAAAAUCGGACUACAUAGAAAUUCAUACAAUGCAUUUACCACCUUAUUCCAUUUUAAAAAUCUUUAUUCUGUACUGAACUGGUAUUCCCAAUCAGCCCAAGCAAAGACAUGCCCUUCUAACAGCAUUUGCUUAGAGCAGAGGUACUGUGUGAUAAAAGACAGGAAGAAUCCAAACACCUCUGCCUGGCAAUUUGGGAGUAGAACAUUUUGGAU